GCUAUUAUUGUACGCCGUUAUAAACUCUCUUCGUUUUAACAUUUUGAGUCUCCGGCGGCUUUCACACUCCAAACUAAAAACCACAGAAGCUGCGUUUUCAGGAGUCUGACUGAUUCGGCUAUUUUUGGAGAUUUACGAAAAUGUCAAACAUAGACAUAGAAGGGAUAUUGAAGGAGCUACCUAAUGAUGGGAGGACUCCUAAGACUAAGAUCGUUUGUACUUUAGGUCCUGCGUCUCGGUCUGUGACCAUGAUUGAGAAGCUUCUCAAAGCCGGCAUGAAUGUUGCUCGAUUCAAUUUCUCUCAUGGAAGCCAUGAGUACCAUCAGGAGACUCUUGAAAAUCUCCGCACGGCUAUGCAGAAUACUGGCAUUCUCGCUGCUGUUAUGCUUGAUACAAAGGGGCCUGAGAUUCGUACCGGUUUCUUGAAAGAUGGGAACCCUAUACAACUAAAAGAAGGUCAGGAGAUCACAAUUACCACUGAUUAUGACAUCAAGGGUGAUGAGAAAACGAUUUCCAUGAGCUACAAAAAGCUCCCAGUGGAUGUGAAGCCCGGAAAUACCAUUCUAUGUGCAGAUGGAAGCAUAAGUCUUGCUGUCGUGUCAUGUGAUCCAAAGUCUGGGACUGUUAUAUGUCGAUGUGAAAAUACAGCGAUGCUAGGUGAAAGAAAGAAUGUGAAUCUUCCCGGUGUUGUUGUUGAUCUCCCCACAUUGACUGAAAAGGAUGUAGAAGAUAUUCUUAAAUGGGGUGUUCCAAACAACAUCGAUAUGAUUGCUCUUUCGUUUGUUCGCAAAGGUUCAGAUCUUGUUAAUGUCCGGAAAGUACUUGGAUCACAUUCUAAGAGUAUAAUGUUGAUGUCGAAGGUUGAGAACCAAGAAGGAGUGCUGAAUUUCGAUGAGAUCUUGCGUGAAACCGAUGCAUUCAUGGUUGCCCGUGGUGAUCUCGGGAUGGAGAUUCCGAUAGAGAAGAUUUUCUUGGCUCAAAAGAUGAUGAUCUACAAGUGUAACCUUGCGGGUAAACCAGUGGUCACAGCCACUCAAAUGCUCGAGUCUAUGAUCAAAUCACCACGGCCAACACGAGCUGAAGCCACAGAUGUAGCAAACGCAGUUCUCGAUGGCACUGACUGUGUGAUGCUCAGCGGAGAAAGUGCUGCAGGAGCUUACCCGGAAAUAGCAGUGAAAACAAUGGCUAAAAUCUGCAUCGAGGCGGAAUCAUCGCUUGACUACAACACAAUCUUCAAGGAAAUGAUUAGAGCAACUCCGCUUCCAAUGAGCACACUUGAGAGUCUUGCAUCAUCAGCUGUACGAACUGCAAACAAAGCCAAAGCCAAACUCAUCAUCGUGUUGACCCGAGGAGGUACAACAGCUAAACUGGUGGCUAAGUAUAGACCAGCUGUUCCAAUUCUAUCAGUGGUUGUUCCAGUUUUCACCAGCGAUACCUUUAACUGGAGUUGCAGCGAUGAGUCACCGGCGAGGCAUAGUUUGAUAUAUAGAGGUCUGAUUCCGGUUUUGGGUGAAGGAUCUGCAAAAGCAACUGAUAGUGAAUCUACAGAGGAGAUUAUUGAGUCUGCUUUGAAGUCAGCGACAGAGAAAGGACUGUGUAACCAUGGUGAUGCUGUGGUGGCUCUGCACCGUAUUGGAGCUGCUUCGGUUAUCAAGAUCUGUGUGGUGAAGUGAUUAUGCUACUAAAUCAUGAUCUUGAUUUCUUUUUUUGGUUAAUGUUUCUUGAUGAAAUAAAUAACAGGGGAAUAGGUACCUGAAAGUGUGUGUUUUUUUUUAAUGAUUAUUUCUUCUCUUUCUUUGCUGCUCUUAUCAUAGUAGUUUAAUUAGCCAAUAACAACAGGUCGGCUAAUUUUUAA